CUGAAAUUGACAAAAUGCAUAAAUACAUGUAUAAAAGAAUAGUAAAUGAAUUUACAUUGAUGUGAAGAGUAUAGGUUUUGUUUAAAAAAUGUCAAUAUUGAUGAGAUUUUUAGUUUUAAUAGUAGGAUGUAGUAUUUGGAUUUAUGCAAUGAUUAUGGUUAUUGGAGAAAGCAAAAUUACAACCGUAACGAAGUCAUAUGAUCUCAGGUGCCCUUCGGAACUCUUAUCAGAGAAUCAGAAGAAAAUGUUAAAGAACAAAAACAGUUCGUAUUAUCAUAUAGUUUAUUCAGACUCUGAAUCUGACUUAGUUGGAUAUGACGCAUUAAAAAGCGAUGGUUGCGAUUCAUACCCAUGUACACUGAACGAAAAUAGAGAAGCGCCCCGGGUUAUGUCGGGAAUGGGUGAGUGUACAAAUCCAGUGGAAUGUGUGACAGUGGUUACUAAGACACAUCACAGGUUAGCCUUAGUGAAACGCAUGGUAGAAUCCGUUUGGCGAUGGUACCCAGGAAUGGCGAUCAUAGUCGUAGAUGAUUAUUACGCAGGAUCAUCAUUACGCAAGGAAUGGAACAAUUUACUGGAAAGUAACAAUAACAUUAAGUAUGUUCAAAUAGAAAUAUGGGGAGGAACUUCAAAAGGAAGAAACCUGGGUUUUAAAAUGGCUAAAACAAAGUAUGUAUUCCUUCUAGACGAUGACGUUGUUUUUACAAAUCUAACCAAUCUUGAAAAAAUGGUGAGCAUUCUGGACAAUACAGACAUCAGCAUCGUAGCAGGAGUCUACAAUCAUAAAUUUACAGGCUCAUUCCAAAUAGAGAAAACUCCCGAUGGAGAUAUACAUUUAUUACAUCACCCGAAUGCAUUCAUAGGAAGUGUUCCUUGUUACUCUCAUUGUUACACAGUUGACGCACCUCAAGAUAUUUUUCUUGCGAAACGUGUUGACGUCAUAAACGCAGGAGGAUGGGACGAUAGUAUAAAAACAAUUGAGCACAUGGAAUUUUUCAUGAAUAUGCGACUUGCUGCUCUUAAGGUUGCUACAUGUAAAGAUAUAUAUCUCGAUCAUCUUCCUCCUUUGAACAAUACACUUAGAAAUAAUAGAAUAACUAAACGUGCUUUUUACCUAAAUAUGAUAAUGCAAAAAUGGAACGUAACACGAUGGUUCAUAGGAUGUACACCAAACAAGAUGGCUGCUUCCGGAAAAAAUAGCUGCGCACGAGAAAGACAUCACGUUUCGUUUACAGCAAUACCCGAGGUCGAUGUAAAACAUAUCAACUGACUGUAUUUUUCUUUAAAGUUUCCAGUAUCAUCAGUUGAAGUUCCACCAUUAACUGGGGGUUUCUGGAGCCAUUCUGAUACUCAUAGCAUCUUUCUGCUUCACCUGAAACAUCUCAGGGCUGAGAAGAAAUGAGAUGUCAUGGUUUAUCAUGAUGUUCUAGAGCACGCAUAAUCUUAUUUUGCAGUGGAGUGAAAAUUAGAAUUUGUGAAGAUUGAAAUUUAGAUCAGAGUAAAUGGGCGUGUCAUGACUUAAAUCUCUUCGUAAAUAUAUGCUUUCCGUGAAGUAAUAGUGCCAUCAUACCUUAAACUUUUCGUAGAAUAUAAUAUUUAUUGAGUACAUUCACAUCCCCGAGGGUCGCAUAUAUUUGUGUGCUUUCCGUGAA